UGGCUCUCACCUCUCCUGUUCGAAAACCCUAGAUCGCUUCUUCGUCUCCUUCCCCAAAACCCUCGAAACCCUCGAAACCCUAGAGCUCGAUCUAGAUCUCGCCACCAUGACGGUCUCCAAGGGAUCGAAGAUGCUCCAGUACAUCAACUACCGUAUGCGGAUCACCAUCCAGGAUGGCCGCCAGCUCGUCGGGAAGUUCAUGGCCUUCGAUCGCCACAUGAACCUCGUCAUUGGUGACUGCGAGGAGUUCCGCCGCCUCCCUCCCGUCUCCAAGAAGAACCUCGCCGAACAACGUGAGGAGCGCCGCACACUUGGCCUUGUCCUCCUCCGCGGCGAAGAGGUCGUCUCUAUGACCGUCGAAGGCCCUCCUCCUCCUGAUGAUUCUCGUGCCAAGGCCGUCGCUGCCGCCUCACUUGCUGGCCCCGGCCUUGGUCGUGCUGCCGGCCGUGGUGUCCCUACUGCCCCGCUUGUUCAGGCCCAGCCUGGCCUCGCUGGGCCGGUCCGCGGUGUUGGCGGCCCCGCCCCCGGAAUGAUGCAACCCCAGUUGAACCGUCCCCCCGUUCCCUCCUAUACCGCACCGCCCGUCAUCCGCCCUCCUGGUCCGUUCAGCGCCCCCGGUCAGGCUCCUCCUCUGGCUCGAGGUCCUCCAGGGCCUCAUCCCGUGCAGUAUCCCGGGCAGACGAGGCCUGGCGGUCCUCCACCUGCUCCUGGACCGUUCCCUGUGCCACCGCCGCAGUUUGGGCAAAGGCCAAUGGGACCACCACCGCCUCAGAUGAUGCGUGGCCCUCCGCCACCUCCAAGGCCUGGGAUGCCGGGUCCUCCACCGCCCAGACCAGGGAUGCCACCUCCGCCUGGCGGAGUCCCUGUCUUUGGACCUCCGAGAGCUGGGAUGCCUCCACCUCCUCCCAAUCCUCAGCAACAAGGCCAAAACCAACAGUAAUUGAGAUCUUCUAUCAGGUGUACCUGUGGACUGAAGAUGUGUGGUUGUUGGUGGGAUGUCUUCCAUAGCAAUUGUUCUUCAGUUUGAGUCUGUUUGAAUGCCAAUUUUAGUGUAGAACUGUUUACAUCUGCAAUUUAGUGGAGAUCAAGUUUGACUGAGUUAUUUACCUAUUAACUGAUGCUCGGGAUAUAUGUUUCAUGUAACUAAGGGAUUUUAUUUCUCACUUUUGACAUAUGGUACCAUGACAUUCUGAUGCAGGACUUAUUGGAAUUUUGAAAAUAUCACAAUAGCUCUGUUGAUCAUUCUCUGGUAA